CCGCCGAUCGGCGAUGCUGACCAGAGCGUUAGAUCAAGGCUCUGGCAUUGAGCUUAAAAGCGCAGACACAGUCCUUGCACCAACGUUCCAUCAUGAUGAUUACACGCAAUCCGAGCAAGAAGAAACCCCUUCUCUUCUUCACAUCCUUCCCUGGCGAAGGCCAUACAAAUCCAGUGCUCGCCAUCGCGACCUCCUUGGUCUCAAGAGGAUACGAUGUUGCAUAUCUCUGCUCCCCAGCUUACCACGACAGGAUCACAGAAGUGGGCGCAGAAUUCCUCGAGCUGCCCUGGGAGUUGAGCGGACCACCUAUCGAAGAGACGAUGACACGCAAAAAUGUACCGAUUGGCUUGGAGCGGAUCACUCAGCAAAUCUCACAUGUGUUCUACAAGAACAUGCGAGUUCGGGUAGACGCUGUUACGAGGGCGCUCGAGGAGCUGCGGGCCAGAGAACCAAGUAGGCAAAUCAUCAUGGUGGAGGACGGUCCUAAUAUGGGCGCCAUGCCCUUUCGCUACGGCCGGCCGCUGCCUCGCGGGUUCAGCGAGAUGCCCAAGACGAUUGGCAUCAGUCCAACGCCGCUGAUGGUGCGUAGCCGGGACACGGCACCGUUCGUCCUCGGCCUGCCGCCAGAUUCGUCGGACUCGGGCAGACAGCGGAACGAGUGGCUGCAUCGCCUGGUUCACGAUGGGCCGUUUAAGCCGCUGGUCGAGGCGUGGCAGAGGGUGCUUCACGAGUGCGGAUGCACUGCGGUUCCGACUGGCAGCCCGCUGAGUGCGUGGCACGAAGGCUACGACAACCUGGUGAUGCUGUGCUCGCCGAGUCUCGAGUAUGAACUGUCCGAUAUGCCCAGCUCAGUCGAGUUUGUUGGAUGCCUCCCCCGGCGUGGCAUCUCAAAGACGGUGGUGUACCCCAAAUGGUGGCCGGAGGUUGUUCGUCACGCGGAACGCCCAGACAAGAAGAUCAUCUUUGUCUGUCAAGGGACUGUCAACAUGGAUUGGAGCGAGCUGACCAUUCCGACAAUACAUGCCUUUGCCGGCCGCGAGGAUGUGCUAGUCAUUGCCGCACUCGGCCGUCGUGGAGCGGUUCUCGACGAUGACGACCUCCUACACCCCAACGUGCACGUCGCGGAUUACAUACCCUACGAUGCUGUGCUGCCUCUCGCAGACGUGUUUGUCUCCAACGCCGGAUAUGGGGCCUUUUGUCAUGCGGUCACCAACGGCGUGCCGGGUGUGUUCGCCGGCCAGACGGAGGACAAGGCCGAGGUGUCUAUGCGUGCUGAAUGGGCUGGCUUUGGGGUCAACAUGCGUAAGCAGCGUCCAGAAGUUGCAGAGUUGCGCGAGGCUGUAGAGGGUGUGUUGGGGAAUGGACAGUUCAAAGCGAAGGCAACUGAGCUCAAGGCGGAGAAUGAGGCACUGGAUUCUAUGGCACGUAUCGAGCGGGUGAUUGAGCGCUGGACUGAAUGAGUCGCGAUUAAGACUCAUGUAAUUACGGUAAUGAUGAUUCUACUCCCUGCUCACAUAAGAUGUUCAAACUGGAUGGUCCGCGAGCAGGCUAUACGUAAAACAAGAGAACAAUGGCAUGGCCUAGCUCAGGCGAAGGUCAUCUCGUUUUAGUAGAUCGAGACAUCAACGCUG